CCCUACAUUUUGAGGCUAGCCAUGCGCAACAAUGAAAUAGUGUCUUGAGCAUAACUCAGGACUUGGGAUAAAUAAAAAUAUUCUUUAAAAUAUGGAUCAAAACAAGCAAUUCUUGCUAUCACUGUCUAUCGUUGGAAUUACUGCAGGUGUGUUUUAUUUAUUGUGGAGAAAUAAAAGUAAAAAAAUACUCAUUGCUCUUGAUCGAGAAAAAAAACAACCAUUUAAAUUAAUCGAAAAACAAAUUAUCAACCAUGACACAAGGCGAUUUCGUUUUGCACUACCAUCUCCAGAACAUGUUUUAGGUCUGCCUAUAGGGAAACACAUGUAUUUAUCAGCAAAAAUUGAUGAAAAACUUGUUGUUCGUCCUUAUACUCCAGUUACAUCCGAUGAUGAAUUAGGAUAUUUUGAUCUUGUGAUUAAAGUAUACUUCAAAAAUGUGCACCCAAAAUUUCCCGAUGGUGGGAAAAUGACUCAAUAUCUUGAAAAUAUGAAAAUUGGUGACACUAUUGAUGUACGGGGACCAUCAGGAUAUCUAUCUUAUAUAGGAUGUGGAGAAUUUAAAGUUGAAGAACCAAAAAAGCCUACUCGUACAAUGAAGUGUAAAAAUCUUGGAUUAAUAGCUGGUGGUACUGGAAUUACCCCGAUGCUGCAAGUUAUAAGAGCUAUUUUUAAGAAUUCUAAAGAUCGUACAAAGGUAUACCUUAUAUUUGCCAACCAAACCGAAGAAGAUAUAUUAUUACGUAAUGAGUUGGAACAGAUUUUGCAUGAUCAUAAAGAUCAGUUCUCACUUUGGUAUACUUUAGAUCGUCCAGCUAGUGGAUGGAUGUAUGGAGUUGGUUUUAUUACUGAAAAAAUGAUAAGUGAACAUAUGCCAACAAGUUCUGAUGAAUCAGUUAUUUUGAUGUGUGGACCCCCUCCUAUGAUUAAUUAUGCAUGUAUACCAAAUCUAGUGAAGCUUGGUUAUGAUGAAAAUCAAUAUUUUUCUUUUUGAUUAGCAAAAUUGUAUUGUUUUACAAAAUACACUAAUAUACAAUGAAUGGUACAAUUAGUUGAA